AUGCGGACGAGGUUUGUGAAAGAAAAGAAUUCUUUGGAAAGGAACUUCCCCUAUUCUCUAUUCCAUAAUCAAAUACGUAGGCGUAAAAUAGAAAAACUUGUACCCGCGUACUUUUCAUUCUUCUCCAAAGAAACGAAAAGUAUUUUACAAUUUUAUACGCCUACUUCCUCCUUUGAUGCGACGCCAACCUUUGAUUACCCAAUAUUCCUAAGAGAAUUGGAUUACAGCGAAGUUUAUUUGGCGAUAAGAAGAUGGUGUGAUAUACGUAAUAUAACAAAUAAAUCAACAGGAUUUGAAGUUUUUAAACAACGAGGACGUCAAAUUCUUUUCAUACUUCAAGAGUUAAGUAAAUUAUUCAUGUUAAAGUGUAAUAAAUUGGAUUAUUUAUCUUUGGACAUUAAUGCAAUUAGGUGUGAUACUUAUGGAAGAUUAGCAGAGUGUAUGAUGACCCUGGCUAAUUUUCCGGGUGCUUCACAUUGUCUUGUUCCAUUAAAAAAAUUUGUUUCAAGAGGAAUAUAUGAUAAGGAUAUUAUAUUUAAAUCUUUGAUUCAAUAUUGUAGAAAUAUUGAUGAAAUGAUCAUUGAAGAUAGUGAUGCUACUGAAGGGGACUCUCUCGUAGAUUUAAUUACCUCCCAAAGGAAAUUAUGUAAAUUCACAAUUGGAAAUUGGUGGGGUUGUUUAUUAAAGAUAUUAAAAUCUUUGGGAGAUCAACGUAAUAGUUUGACUUACAUUGAAAUUUAUGGAUGCCAUUUUCGUAGUGACUUUGUUAAUGAUAUAAUCUUUGAUGGAGUGAUCUGUUGUAAAAAUUUAGAAACUUUAAAGAUCGAAGAAUGUUAUAACUUAACGAGCAAUAUAAUGAAACCAUUAGCAACUACGAUAUUCCCGAAAUUACACACCCUUUAUUUCUCCAAUUAUUUAUUAAUGGAAGAUAUAGAAGAUUUUAAUGACCAAGGGAUGAUCCCAAAUAUUGAUCAAGAUCGGGAUCACACCCAUUUAGAACUCAUAGCUAUUAUUCAAAAUGCGAAUUUAACUUUAAGGAAUGUAAGAUUGAAUAUGGAUUUAUUGGAUUAUCCUGAUAUAAUUGCUACUUGCGCUACAAAUUGUCCAAAUAUUACUCAUUAUAAAGCAAGGAUUCAAAAUCAUUCGGAAAUGUAUCAAUUAUUGCAACUCUUAAAAUCUUGUACUCGAUUAGAAAAAUUGGAGAUAACGGCAGAGAAAUGGGAGUGUUCUGAUCUUGGAUUGCCAUGGGAAAUUGAUUUGUUUUUUCCGGAAUUAGGAAAGUCAUUACCAAAAACUUUAAAAUGUUUGGACAUCGAUGGAUGGAGUUGUACUCCAUUAGGUUUAAGUAAUUUUUUAAAGAAUUGCAAUGUUGAUAUUAAAAGAAUGAGUUUGAUGUGUUAUAUUAGUAGUGCUGGUUAUUUGGAGGUCAUAGAGAAAUAUGCGAAAUUAAAAGGCAGAAUGAUCAAUAGACAUGAAGAAAAGAAAAAAUGGGGUCUGAACCUUACUUUGAUCGUAGAUUUCGAUUAG